AUGAAGUCUGUACCGGAGUCUGUUAGAGCAGGAUCAGUGGUCAACCUGAACUUUGAUGAGUCACCAGUAAAUAGGACACUAGGCAUGGAAUGGGAGGUGAGACGAGACGUCUUCAAGUUCAGUGUAACGCUAGCUGAGAAACCAGCAACAAAGAGAGGUGUCCUGUCAACUCUCAGUUCCCUCUUUGACCCCAUGGGACUCAUCUGUCCUGCUGUCUUGAAGGCGAAAAACAUCAUGCAGAAUCUCUGGAGACUGCAGAUUGGUUGGGACGAGGAUAUUCCCCCAGAGGCGCAGCGAGUUUGGGAUGAAUGGAAAGCUGAAUUGUCCAAUUUAGCUAAGAUAAACAUCCCCAGAUGUCACCUGUCACAAUCCAUGGACCACCUGCUGGAAGUAUCCCUGCAUAGCUUUUCCGACGGUUCCACCAUUGGUUAUGGGAUGUGCUGUUAUCUCAGAAUGGUCUAUGAGGAUGGGACCAUUCAUUGUUCUCUCUUGUUGGGGAGAGCCAGGUGUGCUCCAGUGAAGACAACUUCAAUACCAAGAUUGGAGCUACAGGCGGCCAGGCUAGCAGUAAGGAUCUGUCAAACCAUCCAGGAUGAGAUAACGUACAACAUCAGCUCCCUGGUGUUUUGGACUGACUCACAAACUGUCUUGAAAUACAUUGCCAAUGACAGCAGACGUUUCAAUGUCUAUGUUGCUAAUAGAGUGGCAGAAAUCAGAGAUGUGACGAGCGUUGAUCAAUGGAGACAUUGCCCAGGAGUAGAAAAUCCAGCCGAUGACGCCUCCAGGGGACUGAGCCCUAUGGACAUGAACAUGCAGCAUCGUUGGUUUCGAGGACCGGAAUUUCUAUUGAUGUCAGAAGAUAGCUGGCCCCAGAACCAUGCCGAUGUGACAGACCUUUCAGCACAGGAUCCAGAAGUAAAGCACUGUACAGCAGUCCAUGUGACCAGUGUGACUGAAAACACUGAAGGAGAGGCUGUCCUGCAGUUGGUUGAAAGAUCUAAUUCCUGGCAAGAGCUGGUACAACAAGCAGCAUUGGUCAUGAGAAUGGGACAAAUAUAUGCCACCGAAGACGAGUGUACGCCCGAGACUGUGAAAGAAGCCACAGAAUGGAUCGUCAGAAAUGUACAACGCCAAUAUUUCGCCGAGGAAAUAAGAAGACUGCAGGAAGGGAAUAAUGUGAAGGCUAGUAGCAAAAUUCAGAGCCUAAGUCCGGUGUUGAUAGACGGCAUUCUACGAGUGGGCGGGAGAUUGGAAAAUGCGCCGACACUGACUUCAAACGAGAAAUAUCCCAUCAUCUUACCCAAGGAUAAGACUGGUCGAUUGGUAAUGCUUGAUGCUCAUCAGAGGCUGGCACAUGCCGGGAGGGAACAGACCUUAGCAGAAACCAGAAAGGAGUUUUGGAUAUUAGGAGGACGUCAUCUGGCUAAGAACAUUAUUAGAAACUGUUGCGAUUGUCGUCGUAGAAACGCCAGACCAAUGAAACAGGUGAUGGCAGCGUUACCAGAAUUCAGACUCGUUCCCUUCCAACCAGCUUUCACCACGACUGGAUGUGACUUGUUCGGUCCCCUAGAGAUCAAAUGGGGCCGCAAUACGACUAUCAAGAGAUGGGGCUGCCUAUUUACGUGUUUAGUUACCCGAGCAGUGUAUUUGGAGAUGGUACAGUCUCUAAGUAGUGAUUAUUUUGUGCUGACACUGAGACAGUUUAUCAGCAGGAGGGGACCUCCAGAAGAGAUUCGAUGUGACAAUGGGUCAAAUUUCACUGGCGCAGCCAAGGAGCUGGGGAAGGCCAGAGAAGAGUGGAAUCAGCAGCAGAUUGUGACGGAGAUGCAACAGAAGGGCAUUAAGUUCAUAUUUUUGCCCCCUAAUGCCCCACAUAUGGCCGGUGUAUGGGAACGUCUGGUUAAGGUUUCCAAGAGACACCUACAAGCACUUUCUGGUGGAUAUUUGUUGACAGACAACGGUCUUCGAACUCUGUUAGCUGAAGCUGAGGCCAUCAUGAAUGGACGACCACUGUGUCCAGUAUCAGAGGACCCAAAGGACUUUGAAGCGCUCACACCCAACCAUUUUCUUGUUCAAAGAAAAUUGGUAGGAUUACCUCCAGGAGUUUUUGUCAAGGAAGACGGUCUCUUACGUAAGGAGUGGAGAAAGGUCCAAUGGGCAGCAGAGCUCUUUUGGCAGAGGUGGUUAAAGGAAUACCUACCGUCUCUUCAGCACCGGCAGAAAUGGAGGACGACUCAACGAGAUGUACGUGUUGGCGACCUUGUCCUUCUCGUGGAGGAUGGAGUAAAACGAGGUCAGUGGCCCCUGGGCCGAGUCACCAAGGUUGUAUGUGGCCAAGACAAUCAUGUCCGAUCGGCAUUUGUGAAGACCAAGCAUACUGAAUUGCAUCGUCCAAUCGUCAAAAUGUGUCUCCUGGAAGCAGCUGAGGACGAUUCUUCCAAGGAUGAUUCUGAGUAG